CGCCAUGGACGUCCCUCCAUUCUCCGCCCUGCCACUCAACCGCACGCACCCUCCACACUCUGCCUGGGACGUCUGGGGAAAAGAGGAUCAGCUGGGGACGCUUAAUCACCUGACACCCCAAGUGGUGGUCCAGGCCAAGGAUGAGAUCCGAUCUGGGGUGCGGAUAGGGCUGAAUUGGCCCUUGAAUGAGAUGCGCACGCCGCCUGUUUUUCGAAAGCCAUUGGAGCAUAAGAUCAACACUAUUGAGGGAGGGCUUAUGCAUGACGACACACUGUGCUUCAACACACAAACAAGCUCCCAAUGGGACGGUUUCCGACACUGCGGGUACGAAGACGUUUUUUUUUUCAAGCAGAAGACGGCAUACGAGAUACAGCAGAAUAAAACAGAUAGAAUCGGGGUUCAUGCAUGGUGCAAACAGGGAAUCGUCGGCCGAGGCGUCCUCGUCGACUUUGCAUCGUUCGCUGCAAGCGAGAAUCUGCCAUUCGAUGCGCUGGGCCGGAGUGAGAUUUCGCUACAGAUGAUAAAACAUAUCCUGCAGCGGAACGGGACGGUGAUACGGCCUGGGGAUAUCCUUGUUAUACGCACGGGUUUUCUGCAGGCAUACACAUCCGCAACCGAAACCAGGAGACAGGAAGUAGUCUCCGCAGACCCACUACAGUACCCCGGCGUCGAGAACGCACAGGACCUCGCAGAAUGGCUCUGGAACUCUCGCAUCGCGGCCGUCUGCUGCGACGCUCCGGGGUUCGAGGCUAUGCCCCCGCACGACUUCUUCCUGCACCCGAUCCUCCUUGCGGGCUUCGGGAUGCCGAUUGGGGAACUCUUUGACCUGGAGGGACUGGCGGAGCACUGUGCGGCGUCGAAGCGGUGGACGUUUUUCUUCACGAGCGAGCCGCUGAAUGUACGAGGCGGGGUGGCGAGUCCGCCGAAUGCGCUGGCUAUUUUCUAAUCUGGUGUUUUGGUAAGACUUGCUAGAUACAUUUAGACCGACUUAAGAGGUUGGAUGGGAUGGGAUGGGAUGGACUAGGGCGGACGAAAAGAGGACACAAUGAUGAAAGAUGCGAUUAUUACAAUGCCAUAACAAGUAAAUGAACAAAACGAAAGUCUUUAAACAAGCCCCCAGUAAUGAACGAGGAGAACAGACAGUCCUCGUCCUCAAAAAAAAAAAAAUCACUCCUUCUUGCCAUCGCUCUUCUUGACAUCCGUCUUCUUCGGCACCCUCACGUACCAAUACAACCCACACGCCGCAACGAUAUUAAACACAAUAUACACCCACAUCAGCCCCCAAUUCCUCCAAACAUCCCCAUAGCUCGCCGACACCGUCGCGAGGUACGUAUUCGUGUCGCGGAUCGGACAAAACAAGCAGUCCGCCGUCGCCGCCUCAUUCAACACAUACCCGCCGUUCGCCGCGCGGUACGGCUCCAUGUACUCGCCACAGGUCCCAUUGACGGGGUCAAAGUGCAGAUACUCGUUGUCCGCGCAGGUGACGAGGGUAUUCGCCAGGCCGACGGAGAGCAUGCCGCUGACAAGGUACGUGAAGGGGGAGACGCGGUACAUGAAGAUCCAGAAGCCCGGGAACUGGUCGGGGGUCGCGAGGACGCCGCAAAAGAGCAGGCAGAGGAUAAAGAGGAGGUUGCCGAGGUUGCCGGCGUUUUCGGCGUUGUCGAAGGCGGCGAUCAUGAAGUGCGCGAAGGUCGAGGUGAAGAGGAGGAAUGUCCAGAUGAAGAGCCACAUUUGCGCGCCGCGGAGGGUCACGGUGUCGGUUGGUUCGGCGUUGUGGUACAGACCCACGGGGUAGUACCAGCAGAGGAACAUGAUGAGGGACAUGAGCGAAUUCCAGGGCAGUUCGACGAUAAUGUUGGACAUCAUAAAGGCCUUCCAGGAGUAGGUCUUUGAUGGGCGUUCGCGGACUUCGUAGAGGUCGCGUUGGGCAACAAAGUGGGGCAUUAUCUGCUGCACGAUCUGGCCAAAGAUGGUGAGAAGCAUAAAGAUUGAAAACAGUUGGUUCUGGGAGCCCUGGAUCGAGUUGGGGGAGCGGAAGAGGGAGAAGCCCACAAACAGGGCCGAGGUGGCGCAGAGUACCGUCUUGGAGUAGAUGUACAUGGGCGAGCGCCAGAUCUGCUGGAAGACGCGCUUUUGGACCUCGCAGAACUGCUCGAGGAAGGGCACUGCAAACUCUCGAUAGUCGGCCUUGGCCUGGCGUUUGGCGCCGGUUUCGGUGCGCGUGAGGUCGACCAGCUGGGAGCGCUCCUGCUUGAGCUCUUCGAGAUGCUCCUGGACUGCUGCGUACUCUGGAGAUUUGCGCCAUGUGCUGAACCAGUCAAUGUCCGUGUGAGACCCGGGAGCUGCGCCGAUGACUUCGAGCAUCCACUCGGCGGGAUUGGCAUUCGGAGGGCAGGGGUGUCCGCCAUUGCGCACAAAGUAGUUGAUGAGCAGCUCCGAGUUCUGGCCAAUGUCCCCGAAAUACACGGUUUGGCCGCCAGAUUUCAAGAAGAGAAGACGGUCGAAGCGCUGGAAGAGCAUGGCAGAGGGUUGAUGAAUCGUGCACAAGAUUGCUUGGCCAUUCUUCUUCAACUUGUCAAGCAGAUCGAGAAUCGACCUGUUCAAUUAGUACUGUACAUUCAGAGAGAUUGAUUGAGUCUUACCAUGAUGUCUGCGAGUCAAGACCAGAUGUCGGCUCAUCCAAAAACAAGAGCAAAGCGGGCUUAGCAGCGAGCUCGACACCAAUGGUCAGGCGCUUCCGCUGCUCAACGUUGAGUCCUUCUCCUGGCACGCCAAUGACAGCAUCAGCAUACUCGGUCAUAUCCAGCAACUUGAUGACUUCAGUAGCAUAAUCGACCUUCUCCUGCCAUGGAACGUGAGCAGGCUGUCGCAGAAGAGCAGAAAAGGUCAGCGCUUCGCGGACUGUCGCCGUACUCAAGUGCAGAUCCUGCUGCUGCGCAUACCCUGUCUUUCGCUGAAACGACUCAUCACGGGGCUUGCCAUCGACCAGAACCUCUCCACUGAUGACUCCCAUGGUGGUGCGGGUGGCGAGGGCAUCAAGGAGGGUUGUUUUGCCUGCGCCAGACACGCCCAUGAGCGCGGUCAAUGUGCCUGGCUUGACCCAGCCGUCGACGUGGUCCAGGAUCCGGCGGCUCUCCUUGCCCAACUUGAUGUCAUAGCACACGUCCUUCCACUGGACGAUGGCGGACUGGCGUUCGAUGAUAGCAAUGUCGUCGGACUCGGUCUUUUCCGCUGCAACGCUGCGUUCACUGCCAUCCUCUUCGUCGUCCCGUGCCUUGCUCUUCAGAGCCUUGUGCCCGUGGCGGAACACCAGGAUCUCGCCCUUGGACCUCUGCUCAGUGAUAUAUUCCGUGGCAGCCAGAUAGACUAGCAUGAAGCCAAUCAUAAACACGAAGAUGAUACCGAUAUUCCGCCACUUGUGCGAGGCGACAUAGGCGUAAAGCGACUCGAUGUAAUUGUCACCGUUCACAAACGGCUGCCCGGGUAUCGAGCCAACAGUCGAACAAACGCGGUUUUCCGGUCCGACAUCAGAGAACCCAGGGCCGGACGGGACAUAGUUGACGCAGCGGAACUCACGAUUGUGAAACUCGUUGAUCAUGAGAGCCUCAAAGCCAAAGCUAAUCGGAUUCAGGUACCGGAUCCAGCUGGCCCAGCCAAGCAUGUAGUCUAUGGGGAUGGCGAACCCGGUGUACAUGCUGAGGCCCAGGAUGAUGAGCCCGGAGGCGGGCAGGGCUUGCACCAGUGUCCGUGUCAGGGAUGCAAUUGACCGGAAAAUCAUGGACAUGGUAAGGGUCAGAAUAAACGAGGUAAACAGGUAGAAGAAGAAAGGCCCGGGCUCUCUUCGCAAGUUGGUCAUAAAGUAAAGAAUGAGGUUGAAGCUUAUCGUGUUGAGAACUUUAUACGGCAUAUCCAUCAACAUCGAGGCAAAGGCUUCGGCAGAUGGAUGGUACAGAGCGUAUCGCGCGUGCUUUUCAACAAUGCCUCUCUGGGCAUAGAGAGUGAGCAUUUCCAGACCACAUCCAAGGGCAUUGACGAGAACAGCAAAGAAGAGCAGUGCACCCCGCUGGAAGAAGCUGUUGGUGUCGUCCCUGAGGUUGUAAAACAUGCUACCCAGGAUGAGUGCGACAACAGAAUUUCCAAAUAGGGAAGAGAUGGUGAUGCUGGGGUCCGCCUUUAACCGUUGGUAGCCACGCCACAGGCAGAGCAUGACCUGCUGAAAAUAGGAGAGAGUGUACGGCGACGUGACUCGCUGGAGCUUGGCCUGCUGAGCGCGUCGAGACUGUUUGAACGCUUCCAGCUGCUGGCCAUCGGCGUACCGAU